GCGGCAGAUCUGUCCUCAGCCUUGGGUGGAGAUCUCCCGACACUGCAGGCUGAGCUCUGCCUGGAGAGUUGGAAGCCAUGGCGGACAGCCGGGACCCAGCCAGCGACCAGAUGAAGCAGUGGAAGGAGCAGCGGGGCGCGCAGAAACCCGAAGUCCUGACCACUGGAAGUGGCAAUCCAAUUGGAGACAAACUUAAUAUUAUGACUGCAGGGCCUCGAGGGCCUCUUCUGGUUCAGGAUGUGAUUUUCACUGAUGAAAUGGCACAUUUCGAUAGAGAGAGAAUUCCUGAGAGAGUCGUGCAUGCCAAAGGAGCAGGUGCUUUUGGCUACUUUGAGGUCACACAUGACAUCACCAGAUACUGCAAGGCCAAGGUGUUUGAGCAUAUUGGGAAGAGGACUCCCAUUGCCGUCCGAUUCUCAACUGUUGCUGGAGAGUCUGGCUCAGCUGACACAGUUCGUGACCCUCGUGGCUUUGCAGUGAAGUUUUAUACAGAGGAUGGAAACUGGGAUCUUGUUGGAAAUAACACCCCCAUUUUCUUCAUCAGGGAUGCCAUCUUGUUUCCAUCCUUCAUUCAUAGCCAGAAGAGAAAUCCUCAGACACACCUGAAGGAUCCUGACAUGGUCUGGGAUUUCUGGAGCCUACGCCCUGAGUCUUUGCAUCAGGUUUCUUUCUUGUUCAGUGACCGAGGGAUUCCAGAUGGGCAUCGGCACAUGAAUGGAUAUGGAUCACAUACUUUCAAGCUGGUUAAUGCCAAUAGAGAGGCAGUUUACUGCAAAUUCCAUUACAAGACUGAUCAGGGCAUUAAAAACCUCUCUGUUGAAGAUGCAGCAAGACUUUCCCAGGAAGAUCCUGACUAUGGCCUUCGAGAUCUUUUCAAUGCCAUUGCUAAAGGCAACUAUCCCUCCUGGACUUUCUACAUCCAGGUCAUGACCUUUAAGCAGGCAGAAACUUUUCCAUUUAAUCCAUUUGAUCUCACCAAGAUUUGGCCUCACCAUGACUACCCUCUUAUCCCAGUUGGCAAACUGGUCUUAAACCGAAAUCCAGUUAAUUACUUUGCCGAGGUGGAGCAGAUAGCAUUUGACCCAAGCAACAUGCCACCUGGUAUUGAGCCCAGCCCUGACAAAAUGCUGCAGGGUCGCCUUUUUUCCUAUCCUGACACUCACCGUCACCGCCUGGGACCCAACUAUCUUCAGAUACCCGUGAACUGCCCCUACCGUGCUCGAGUUGCCAAUUACCAGCGUGAUGGCCCCAUGUGCAUGUAUGACAAUCAGGGUGGUGCUCCAAACUACUACCCCAACAGCUUCAGUGCUCCUCAGGAGCAGGGCUCAGCUCUGGAGCACAACACCCAGUGCUCUAUGGACGUGAAGCGCUUCAACAGUGCCAAUGAAGAUAAUGUCACUCAGGUGAGGGAUUUCUAUACGAAAGUGCUAAGUGAGGAGGAGAGGAAGCGCCUGUGUGAGAACAUUGCUGGUCAUCUGAAAGAUGCACAACUUUUCAUCCAGAAGAAAGCGGUGAAGAACUUCACUGAUGUCCACCCUGACUAUGGGGCCCGAAUCCAGGUUCUUUUGGACAAGUACAAUACUGAGAAGUCUAAGAACGCCAUUCACACCUAUACACAGGUGGGGUCUCACUUGGCUGCAAAGGAGAAAUCUAACCUGUGAGCUCUGGGCCUCCUCCUGGCAGAGCCUCGCCUGGGAAAAGCACAACUUUCACCUGUCAUCUGAUCACCACUGGUUGGAAGGUUCUUCAGUGCUAAGAUGCACACCUGAAAGCUAAUGUCUUUAAAAUGAAAAUCCAGAUUUCUCUAGCAAUACUUUUAAUGCUGUUUCCCUAGGGGAAAUUAAAGGUUAGGGCUUACAGAUCAUUUAACUAGUUGCACAUGGAAGUUGGUUGGAUUAUUCAUUUAAAAUGACUAGUAGGAAAGUUUCUAGUCAGAGAUAUGAUUUUGUUUGAUUAAAAAAAACUUGGUGAAAUCAGUAAGUCUGCCUAUCACCUCAUGGCCUAUUAUAUAAAAAUGACGAUAAUUAUCUGAGAAAAGAUAAAAAUGAUCCAUUCAAAAAUUUUUAUUUUUCUAAGGUCCUUAUAGGAAAAAGACAAUGUAUCUGUCAGUGUCUGCAGGAAAAGAAAACAAACUUAGACCAUGAUAGUUUGAUGUUUAUUCCUAUUUGUAAUGAUCAGAUUUUUUUUCUCACUUGAACUUGCAUUUAUGCUAACACAGCAUCCUUCUGGAUAUGAUUGCUUACAUUUUUACAAUAAAAUAAUCUGUAUGUAAGAAGAGAA